AUGGACAAACGGAACGAUGAUCAGAACCAGGAACAGGAUCACUCGUCGUCCAAAACUGAUCUAGAGGAUCAUGUGCCAAUAUGUGUGGACGUGGAGGGAGGAGGAGGAGGAUCUGCAUCAAGGGAUGACGAUCGCCCCAGCCACUCUUGUGUGGUGUAUCUGCCAGAUGUUAAUGUGGAGUCCACAGAAACAGAGUCACAGCAUUCAGGUUCGUGCCUUACCCUAAAGGAUCUUCCGCAGGGUAAUCAUUCUGAACCAGAAACUGGACCAGAUGCUGCGGUGGACCAGCCACCAGAUGGGGACUCGGCCCAAAUACGACAUCUGGCGGCUGCGAACGGCGGUCCGGGCAUGGAUGUUGUGGUCUACAUACCGGGCAAGGGUCCCGACCUCUCCAGGCAUGUCACCUUCAACAUUGACGACGUCCCCGGCACCAGUCACGAAUUGGAGGCCAAGGAGGAGAAGUCCUCCGCAGAAACGACCUCCAACAGGCGGCUGCACAACAUCCUGGAGAUGCUUUACCGCUUCGGUAACAACAUGGACUCCAUGGCCCUCCAGGAGGCGAACAGGAAACAUCGACGCCGAUCGUCGAGAAGCCCGGCGAGGCCGACGGUGAUUCUGCAAAUGCCCCAACUGAGCCACCUGGGCACCCAGACCACGGAGCUGAUUCCCCACCACCACCUCGGCAGGCUGAGGCUGGACGUGACCACCGUGCAGGGCGAGAACCUGCCGCCCUGCGAACGCAUCCAGCACACGAUCAUCAUCAGUGGCAACAACAUGCCCCCGAAUCCGCCCCUGGUCCAGCAAACGUUGUGGGCCCGAAUCAAGCGGACCAUCGGCGACUUUGCCGCCGCCUUCUGCCUCUGCCUCCAGGUGAACAAGGACUGUGUCUUCUGCCUGGGAUUCUUUGUGGCGUUUGUGAUCAGUGCCAGCUUCCUCACCGCCUUCUUCUAUCGCACCCUCAACUUUACCACGUCCCCGGUGCGAUUUGUCUCGGUGGAGCCCUCUAUGGCCGGCACCAUGCACUACAAUCUGGCCACCUUGCGGUUCAAUGGCGGAUACUACUACAUAUACAACAACAACCAGCGUAAAUUUCUUUGAUGUUUCUGCUCCAAGCCAUGUCCUCCUCCAUGUCCCGACCCAUUAAAAAGGCAAGGUGUCUUGUGGAAUAAAAUAGUUUUGGGUAUUUAAAA